AUGUAUAUUAAAUAUUCUGGGGUGGUGUAUCACUUGCUUUUAGCUAGCUUCUUGUUGCUUAUUAAUAGUCUGGGUAUUUAUAGUAUGCAGUGUAUGAAAACCUUAUCUUUUGGAUUUUCUGAAAUGCAUUUUGAUCUAUCCUUGUUUCUACUGCCUGAAGUGCAACUAUUUCUGGGAAAUAGGGUGUUUGAUAUUUUUUGUGUUUUAUUCGGAAAUGAAUAUAAAAAUGUGUGGGACUUUCAGGAACUAAAUAAAGAUGUCUAUUGUAUCGCAUUGUGGCUUGUUAUGUCUGCAUAUUUGUUUAACUCUUCUUUUUUCUAA